AGAACUGCCCAAGGUUCUAAUAACUCAACGAGAUAUUAUUCACUGCGGAUUUGCCGCUGGCGAUAAUAACGAUCAAUUUAUCCUCUUUCUUAUCGCAACGUCGGCUGACCAAUCACGAGCAUCGCGUCGCCUAUUGGCUGAUAGUCGUUCGCCAUAUGUGACAAAACUAGCCUUCGUGGCUUUCACGUCCGAGCUGUCAAGUAGGAAAGCGCUCCGAUUUUCGUUCCGAUUGUUAACGUAGCGCACUACGAAUGCAAUCUCGCGUGGAACGAUACGCGCGUGCACUAUGUGAUUACGCGGUCGAGCAACGAUGUAGUACGCACAGCGGCUUCGAGUCCUGCACAGUACACUCCGAGCUUGUAAACAUUAACGUGUUAACCCACACACGCACGCACCGUGGCGUAUCAACGGGUCUUCCGUUAUGAAUGCUUAUGGGAAUACCGUUGGUGAGAUUUGCAUGUAACUCUUAUACUAAUCACUGUCACGUUGAACGAGAAACUUACAAAACUUUUUUAUACCAUGCAUGCAGUAACAGAGGUGCAUCAGGCAUAUCAGGGAAUGCCUUUGAUUGCUGGGUUCAAAAGUCUAUGCAUGACGACUCUGCCAUCACAAAAAUGCAAUACCAAUUCUGGGUGAGAAAGCAGGCUCUGUCUCAGAAAUUAGGGAAGAAGGAGGAUGAGUGUAUAGUUGCUUCAGAUGCUGAGCUGGAUGCAAAGCUAGAAUUGUUCCGCAGUAUCCAAGAUUCCUGUUCCUACUUACAAAGAGUUAUCGAUAAAUACCAAGAAAGAUUAUGCAAUUUAGCCCAGGAAGAAAAUGGAAUGGGACGUUUCUUGAAAGAUGCCGGAAAGCAAGAUAAAACUCGUGCCGGCAAGAUGAUGUCAGCUGUAGGUAAAUCUCUGUCUUAUUCUGGUCAGCAGAGGCUUGCGUUGAGAACUCCCUUGGGCCGAUUGUAUCAAGAGGUGGAAACAUUUAGACAAAGAGCUAUUGAAGAUACAUUGCAAAAUGUGCAAGCGAUGGAAAAGGCCCGUACGGAGUACCGAGCUGCUCUGUCAUGGAUGAAGAAUAUUUCUCCCGAUUUAGAUCCAGAUACAUCCAAACAACUGGAAAAAUAUAAAAAAGUUCAAGCACGUGUUAAGCAGGGCAAAAUAGUUUUUGACAAUCUAGCCCUUGACUGUCUUCAGAAGGUUGAUUUGCUAGCAGCGGCAAGGUGUAACAUGUUCAGUCAUGCCUUAGUUUUAUAUCAAACCACGCUCCUAAAUUUCACAAAAAAAUCUGCACAAGCAUAUUCAACAAUAGCCAACAGCUUCAAAGGCUAUCAACGUUACGACUUCACAGUUGUGCGAGAACUGGCUGAAACCUCCAGUAAAUUGGCGCAGGAAACUGGUGGUGAUGACGAUUUAGAAGAUAAGGAUAAAUUACCAUUUUUCGACAUGGAUUAUCACGAUGAUGUUGAGGAGGCUCAAGAGGCUACCUCAAAUUCAGAAAGUACGUCGGAGAAAAAUAAAAAAGAUGAAAAACUCUUAGACAUAGAAAAUGAGCCAAAGGAUACACUGAUACAUUUAAAUGCGGGUACAAAUUCUUCGAAAAACGGAAUCGUGCAUAGUACCAAUGACACAGACAAAAGUCUCGAGGAGUUCUUUGGAAAUCUUAUCCUGGAAAAAGAUAAGUCCAACAGUACUGGGCAAUCGGUUAAUAAAACCGAAAAAACCAAUACUUUAUUUAGCAAAAGUACCGAGGAGCAGAAAUCAGUAAUGGAUAUGUUUGAAGAGUGCAAUACUGAUUUUAAUUUGACUGAUUUGUCUCCCUUGUCAUCGGAGGCUCGACAACAGGAAUCUUUGAAUUUAUUGGCUUCCGAAAGCGCAGCGCUUUUCGACGAAAUCCUGAAUGACAAGCAACAAAGCACGAGCAAUGAUUGGGAAGGCAUUUCACAUGAUACUUUUCUACCGCCAAGUAUUUUGAAACAGAGCCUGGGAGAUGCGGCACUAGGUAUGGGACAGAGGAGUACCGCUAGUAACACGGACGACAAAAAAAAGAAUAAGACUGGAAAGCAGAAAGGUAACUCAUGGUUGGAUUUAUUCGCUGAAUUGGAUCCAUUGGCUAACAAUCCAAUGGAGAAUCUUACCGGUGAUAGUAACGCUUCUGCUUAAAUCACGAUGCAUUUUAAUAGUAUCGCCCUGUUACUCAAUACUUGUAACAAUAAGGAAAACUGAUCAAACUCUAUCAAUUGUUAUCAAUAUGUGAUACGGUGAACAUAUAGCUCACGGUAUUUUUACUUCACACGUUUGUAUCAGUAAUUACCAGUUUGUAAACUUUUAAAUUUAACACUGCAGAUUUAUUUUUAAUGGAAUCGUCAUAAGAAU